GCACACGCGCACUUCACACACAACACUGCUAAGCCGCGUGUCAGUACACACACAGAGCUACGUUUGAACUUCACCGUUAGGCUACUUGUUUGUAUUUCACCACACUGGACAUAUUCUGACCCGGACGACGCAAGAACGCAGACUGUAAGUUUUUUUUUACUUCUCACUGAAGUAUCGUAUAAAAAGCUCAGCGUUCUCCUGCACUACUGACCUACUUCUGCAGCACGGAGAGUGAAGUUUGCAGCUGAAGUGAGCUGGUUAGUCUGGGUCAUGGCCGUUUUGGGGACGGCAGUGUGGAGAGUGUUGGGGUGUUGGCGCCCUCUGGGGCCACUGUGCCGUACCAGUGCCCGCUGCUAUAGUGUCCAGAGUGAGCACACCACAAAGAAAAGCGUCCCCUACGCCAUGACCCUCAAACAGGAGGAUGGCCUCAGCGGACCCACCAAACCCCUGCCCAGAGCUGCAGACGCAGUGGUGAUUGGAGGGGGCAGCUUGGGCUGCCAGACCCUCUACCACCUGUGUAAGAUGGGCAUGACCAAUGUAGUGCUGCUGGAGCGAGACAGGCUGACAGCGGGCACCACCUGGCACACUGCAGGUUUGUUGUGGCAGUUGAGGCCCAGUGAUAUGGAGGUUGAGCUGCUGGCUCACACUCGGCGUGUGGUCAGCUCAGAGCUGGAGGCAGAGACAGGCCUGGAGACAGGCUGGAUCCAGAAUGGAGGACUUUUCAUCGCCUCUAACAAACAGAGACUGGAUGAGUACAAACGUCUCAUGUCGUUGGGGAAAGUGUACGGUAUCGAGUCUUAUGUGCUGUCACCAGCUGAGACCAAAGAGUUGUACCCUCUGAUGAAUGUAAAUGAUCUGUAUGGUACCCUGUAUGUGCCCAAAGACGGCACCAUGGACCCUGCUGGAACCUGCACCACCCUGUCCAGAGCAGCCACUGCCCGUGGAGCCACGGUAAUAGAGAACUGCCCAGUGACUGGCAUUCAAGUACAAACUGAUCAUAUGGGCGUAAGGAGAGUGAAGGCAGUGGAGACAGAUUUCGGGACUAUCAAGACUCCAUGUGUGGUCAACUGUGCAGGUGUGUGGGCCACUAAGCUGGGGAAGAUGGCGGGCGUGAACGUGCCUCUGAUUGCAAUGCGCCAUGCCUACGUGGUCACAGAGAGGAUUGAAGGAAUCCAGAACAUGCCCAACGUGAGGGACCAUGAUGCAUCUAUCUACCUCCGUCUCCAAGGUGACGCCUUGUCCGUGGGAGGCUACGAGAAGAACCCAAUCUUUUGGGACGAGGUGUCGGAUAACUUUGCCUUUAGUCUCUUUGAUCUGGAUUGGGAUGUCUUCAUGCAGCACAUUGAGGGGGCCAUCAACAGAGUUCCUGCACUGGAGCAGACCGGGGUCAAAUCCACUGUCUGCGGACCAGAAUCCUUCACUGCUGACCACAAGCCGCUGAUGGGCGAAGCUCCUGAAGUCCGAGGCUUUUUCCUGGGUUGUGGAUUCAACAGUUCAGGUAUGAUGUUAGGUGGCGGCUGUGGGAAGGAACUGGCGCAUUGGAUCAUUCAUGGCCGUCCUGAGAAGGACAUGUAUGGCUACGACAUCAGGAGGUUCCAUCACUCCCUGACCAACAACAACCGCUGGAUCAGAGAACGCAGUCACGAGUCGUACGCCAAAAACUACUCUGUGGUUUUCCCCUUCGAUGAGCCCUUGGCUGGCCGGAACAUGAGGAAAGACCCGCUUCACCAGGUGCUGCAGGAGCAGGGGUGUGUGUUCCAGGAGAGGCACGGCUGGGAGAGACCAGGCUGGUUCCAUAAAGAAGGACCUGCACCGGUUUUAGAUUAUGAUUAUUAUGGUGCUUAUGAUAUUCCCACGCACAGUGACUACAAAUACAACCAGCUCCUGGGCAAAGAAUAUACCUUUGACUAUCCACCCCAUCACGACACGAUCAGAGAUGAGUGUAUGGCCUGUAGGAACGCUGUGGCGGUCUUUGAUAUGUCUUACUUUGGCAAGUUCUAUCUGACUGGCCCUGAUGCCAAGAAAGCUGCUGAUUGGCUGUUCACAGCAGACGUCAACAGAGCACCAGGAUCUACUGUGUACACCUGCAUGCUGAAUGAGAAGGGCGGGUCAGAGUCUGAUCUAACUGUCAGUCGUUUGGAGCCUGGCCCCGCCCACCUCCCCCUGACUCCAGAAUCUAAUGGAGAUGCGUACUACUUGGCUGUAGGAGGUGGUGUGGCCCAGCACAAUUGGAGUCACAUUCAAACAGUCCUGCAGGAUAAGGGCUUCAACUGCACUCUGACUGACCACUCAGAAGAUAUGGGAAUGAUCAGCAUUCAAGGGCCAAAGAGUCGUGAUUUGCUGCAGGAGGUUUUGGAUGCAGACCUGAGCAACGAGGCCUUUCCUUUCUCCACACACAAAAUUAUGACCGCUGCUGGACACAAAGUGCGUGCUAUACGCUUGACCUUCGUGGGCGAGCUAGGCUGGGAGCUGCACAUUCCUAAAGAUUCCUGUCUGCCUGUGUAUCGUGCUGUCAUGGAUGCUGGUGCUAAAUAUGGUGUGCGAAAUGCAGGAUACAGAGCCCUCGACUCGCUCAGCAUCGAGAAAGGCUACAGGCACUGGCAUGCUGACCUGCGUCCUGAUGAUACUCCUCUGGAGGCGGGGCUUGCAUUCACCUGUAAGAUGAAGACUUCCAUCCCCUUCCUUGGUCGCAAAGCCCUGGAAUCCCAGAAGGCCGAGGGUCUGCGUCGCCGAAUCGUCUGCUUCACCAUCGACGAGAAAGUGCCCAUGUUUGGUUUGGAGGCCAUCUUCCGUAACGGUGUUCCGGUCGGUUACCUGCGGCGCUCUGAGAUUGGAUUUGCCAUCAACAAAACCAUCGGCUACGGAUACGUCCGGAAUCCAGACGGAGGGCUGGUGAGCCCUGACUUUAUCCGCAGUGGGGAGUUCACUCUGGAGAGGAUGGGGGUUGUGUAUAAGGCCAAAGCCCACCUGAAGUCUCAGUUCGACCCAGAGAACAAGCGAGUGAAGGGCAUCUACAGCACAGACUAAAGACUUCCUCCGCAGCCUGCAGGGACUGAAUGUAGAAUGGCCUUCAUGUACAGCGGUCCACUUUAGGACUGUAACAGCAGGGCAGAAUGCCCCCCUCAGUUCUGCAUUAAUGUUUAAUAUCUAAGGGAACUGUGUGAGCCGAGCAAGUCAGAAAACUGUGCCAUAUUUUAAAACGAAAAGAACAAUGUCUUACGUCUUAAGCAGACAUCAAAAUGUAUGACUUGUUAUAGAAUUUUCUAUCAAAAGCAUGGUCGAUUGAAAUUUUACAAUGAAACUUGAAGUAUUAAAGCACUACUUAAUACCAUACUUAGUAGGGCUAACUAUAUAUAUAUAUAUAUAUAUAUGUGUAUAUGCUUUUGUUAGUUUGCUGCUCUUUGAUUUAACCAUAGAUCUCCUGUCCAGCACAGUCUGCUGAAGGUAUCACUUAAAAGCUGCAUUUGAACGAGAGGACUACAAUCACAGAUUCUCUCAUAAUGCAGCUGAGCUUCUGAAGGGUCAAACUAAAACACUGGAUUAAUGUUACUAAAUUAGUGUCAUUAAUAAUUUUAUCGCGUUGAUGCAUCAUAGUUGCAAAUACUGACAGCCCUACAAAUUACACAUUUCACAUUAACCUGAGCCAGGCAUCCUUUUUUAUUCUGGUUUGAAAGUGUAAGCCUAAAACUUUAUUCCUUGUGUCAGUACUUAUAAGAACUUGAAAAAUAUCAUGUAACGUAUGUAGUGCAUGAAUUUAUUACUUUUUCAAAUUCAUAUGAAGAUCACAUUUGCCUCACUAAUGUUUGUUUUUUCCAAACUGUGAAAAAUCGGUGUUGUAGACAUUCUCUAUGUACCAACAUUCUCUAUGUACCAAAAUAAAUUACCACAUAAUUAGC